AUGAUUAUAGAGACAACUGGCUACUGUGGGUGGUGUGAAGUUGUUGAAGACUGCGACGUAUACGAGUCCAGCAUCGAAUUAUUCAACCCAGAUAACAGUCAACAACACCGGAAUGUUCCCAAGGACGUACUCAUAGCCUACAACCGGCGUAUAGGCAUUCAACAUAUUCGAUACUUUGCAGGGCCCUACCAAUUGGUCAAAGAUGAAUCUUCAGUGGCUAUUCAAAUCGACGGAGCAUGCCGACGAAAUGGAACACAGUAUGCCCGAGGCGGCUGGGGAGUUUUCUUUGGUCCCAACUCGCAGUACAACAACUGGAGUCUUCUGCCGCCCAACGCGCCGCAGACCAGCACUUACGCGGAGCUUUAUGCUUUGCUCGUAGCACUGGAGAUGAUACGUGAUGAGUUACCGCUCUGGCUUAUGCAGCCAACUGGUCUAGGGUUUACAAUUGGCGGUGAGAAAUCCACGAUCUUGAGCACGAGCAUCAGUAAACCUUCAAUUAAGCACCCAUCGGCUAAAAUGUCUGCCUCAGAAGACUUCCUGAAUUGUGAAUCUUCCUCGAGUGAGGAAGAAGAGUACAAAGAGGAAGAAGAGUAUGAGGACAAUGAGGAGGAGGAUUACGAAGAUGAAGAGGAAGUAUUUAACGUGGAAGUCAAUAAACUUUUCCACCCAAGCAAGCUUCCUAUUCUCCAGGAUACUGCGUACGACGAACUCAUCAAAUUCAACCCUGAGAAGCAAAUAUCAUUCCUUGGAGCCAGAUUGGAGGCGGCAGGACCCAUAGUGCCAGCUGGCGAUAUAAUUGUCAUCAGACUCGCUACUGGAUUCCUCAAAGACCGCCUCUUGGCCAGAUCGACAUGA